AUGGCGCCACAAGAGGCACACAGCACGGUAAUGAUAACAGUAAGUGGCAAAGACAAGUUGAAUGGUGUCUUAAGUGCUAGUAAUCUGAAACACUUCCAGUCUUUAGUAAGACUCUUUUCAAAGACCACAGAGGUGAUUAGUGGUGUUCUUGUGGAUAUUUCACCUAUUGAUAAUGUAGAAUCCUCGUCAAAUUAUCAAUGUACAGAACAAACACCUGUGUUCCUCCUGGGAUCUCACCUGGACCUGCCGUGGGUCGAAAAGUCUAGUGUCACUGAGCAGCGCACGCCAGGGCAAGACAGUCUUAGUAACACGACACACCUUACCACAGGGAAGCUACAGUCUUGCGGCUCUGGCCUCAGCCAGCUGUGCUCAGUCCGUCCCCGGCCGCCGAGUGUUUCGUUAAUGGAGGGUGUCGGGGUGUCACUUCUGGACAGACUUCUCAGGAGGUCACCGAUGAGUAAAGAGACGCGGGGCCGGCACUCGCGUGUAGCAUACUCCACCCUGGAGGCAGACACGGUGUCCGUUGUUGACCUGCAGAUGGAUAACAGAGGGUUUGAGAAGGAGGGCCGGACCAUUCCUGACGAAGAGAUCCACCCAACAAUAUCGCCCUCGGAGGAUGAAUACUUGCCACACGACGCGGACUGCCCCUGCGUAGAAAGUCAGAUAGAGUGUUCCUGCGACAAAGCUAAACCAGACACUUCGAAGGUUGAGCUGCAGGCGUGGGUCAAACCCAAGGGGUGGAUGCUGAUAGGGCUGAGUCUGGCCCUCGUUGCUUGGUGCACCAUCUACUUCACGCUGUCGGCUCUACAGAUGCUCUAGCGGCGCGGUGCAGGACAUUUAUCAACAAUAUUUUGCAAGGAUCAGUGAUUUUUUUUUUUUUUUAGAACCUGUUACUGUUAACGAGAGAAAAUAAGAAUAAAUCUGUCUCGGGUAAAUCAAGAAUAUCUCCUGGAACGUUCAGACGAGCGCGCAGUGUGUCGCAAAUGUGUUGUUAACAAGUCAGAGGAGUGCUGACUCUAGUGUACCACGGUGCUAUUAGAAAGUAGUUUAGUAAGCAGCCAUACACGUAGUCUUUGUUCACCUUCCCUUUUUUUUUUAAUAAUCAGUAGUGAAGAAAAUAAGCAAAACAUCAAGACCAUGUCACAGCCGGGGGAGCAUACCUCACUGGCGCCCCGCAAAGGAGAGAGACUGGUGGCGGAGAAAGGGAGCAAAAAAGAACAUUCUCAAGCCCAUGGAGACCCGCGAAUGGAGGCGCACCGUGACGGCUGCGCGCCAGGGUCAUGCUGCUCGCAAGAUGGAAAAUGUGAAGUGGACAACCCACCCGGCGUGAGGAGCAGCUACGGCUCCGUCGACACAGUUAGUGUGUGUCGCUCAUGUCAACACCUUUAUGCCGGGAACGUCGAAGUUGUCCUUUCUCCGGCUUGCCUCGAGGACCACUUACCCCAUCCUGACCCCGCCAACCCCAGGCCAGUCUCCGUGCACCGGCCGUGGGCAGCACGCAAGUACGAGGGUUUGUGUGACUGCGGGGCUUCGGUGAGCGGCGGCGUGUGCACGUGUUCCGGAAGAGCUUCACGUAGGACUCUGCAAAGAUUCUUUUCCUGCGAGACCCCGUGCUUGCAGAAACUGAAGGUCGCGGCGCUGGUAUUGGCAGCCAUCAUUCCUUGGGUGUUUCUGGUGACAUAUAUCGUCCUUACCAGCAUCUGACCUCCAUCGGUAGUCACAACCCGUCGCCUGGGCCGUGUUGAGAGUCCCUGUUCUGUCAUACUCCGUAAUUUCGUCCUGACAGAUUGACAUCCUGGCAGCGGUCGACCAGCGAGAGUGCUGUGCCUUACUUUGGUGACUCCUAUAACCUGCUGUUAAGUGUGUUAAAGUGGCACGAAGACGCGCUGGUUAAGCAUACGUAGGUUGUAACUUGCAACAGACCGUGAGAUACUUCUUCGCAUGUUAUCGUAAGAUCAACAACAGUAGUAACUGUGGUACUGGAUUGCCCGCAGUUUUAUAUUAGAAAAAAGUCAGUUCGCUUAUGUUAUUCAGAUUUUGUGUACAAUCUGUGAUGUACGUUGUGUGGGAUAUUUAGGUUACCCAGUACUGCAUUAGUUAAUAUUAACAGUCGCUGAUCAAAAGGUUCGAAGCUUCAUUGGUAUGCUCACGACGCACAUUCUUGAGCCAUUGGAUGGAUUGUCAAUAACCUUUGUGAAUCCCUGAAUCAGUGACUUCCAGCCAGUUAACCAAGAGGGAAAGUUAUCUACCGUUGUUCUGCUGAUAAAAAUAAUAAUAAUAAUAAUAAUAAUAAUAAUAAUAAUAAUAAUAAUAAUAAUAAAUAGGUAGAUAAAACUAAAUAAAAUAAUAAAAUGAGGGAAUAUUUUGUCAGAAAAGCAACACUUUCCUGUGCUUUUCUUGGGUCUUACCAAGUCUUUCAGUUUUCAUGUUGCAUCAUAUGAUUAAAAAAAAAAAAAAAAAAAAAAAAAAAAAAAA